AGAAAUUGACAUUUUAUUGUGAGUGGUGAUUCAUACAAAUCACAAAUCUACAAACAAAACUUUAUACAAUAAUUGCAUUACUCAUACAUAUACGUAAUAUAAUAUUUUGUGCAAAGAUACUACAAUAAAAAUGUUUUCAACAAAUCCUAAUUAUUCCAAAUUAAAGACACAUUUGAGACUAGCUAUUAAUCGGCUUAAAUUAAUAGAAAAGAAGAAAACCGAAUUGGCUCAAAAGGCUCGUAAGGAAAUAGCUGAAUAUAUUGCAGCAGGUAAAAGUGAACGUGCAAAAAUUCGUGUGGAACAUAUAAUUAGAGAGGACUAUAUGGUAGAAGCAAUGGAGAUAGUGGAAAUGUACUGUGACUUGGUGCUGGCGCGAUUCGGACUUGUGACACAGAUGAAAGAACUUGACGAAGGUCUCAGUGAAGCUAUUUCAACUCUUAUUUGGGUUGCUCCAAGGAUGCAUACUGAUAUCCAGGAACUUAAAAUAAUAUCAGAUUUAUUUACUGCAAAGUAUGGCAAAAUAUAUGCUGAUGCAUGCAGGAAUGAAAGUGUAAAUACUAUAAGUGACAAGUUGAAGCAUAAAAUGUCUGUACAAAGUCCUCCUAAAAUACUCGUUGAAAGAUACCUUAUUGAGAUAGCAAAGAACUAUAAUGUUGAAUACACUCCCGAUGAGCAAGUGAUGAGGGAGGAAGAGAGUCGUGAUGCUAUGCUGAUAGAUAUAAAUGGGCCUCCGAAUCCUCCUGGUUUCAUUGGGUACCCUCCACCCCCGUUGCCACAGACAUCAAGUAUGCCUCCACCAUCAGUGAAACCAUUUAAUUAUCAAUAUCAACCAUCUGGGGGUAAAGCUGGUGGAUUUAUUGCUACACCUCCAGGCUUUGGAGAAUCAAGCAAACCUAUGGUCUAUAAUGUGCCUCCCGGUGUUGAAUCUGCCACAUUAAAUAACAGCUUUUUACAGGAGGAAAUGAACAACCUACCUCCCGCUUAUGACAGCAUCGCUCAUGAUUUGCCUGCACAUGUACCAACACCUCAACCGAGAAACAAACCACCUCAAAACAACUUCUUUCCUGAAUUACCAGAGCUACCUUCCGUCCCAUCUGAAGUACUACCUUCAGUGCCUCAUAGCGCCUCUAAUGCAUCGAAUAACUCAAAUGCUUCCGAUCCAACUGCACCCGAUGAAAUUGACUUUGAAGAUCUGAACAGACGUUUUGAAGAAUUAAAGAAAAAGAAGUAAUCAUAUUAUGCAUAUAGUAUGUCUGGUGCAACAGUCAUAAGUAGCUAAAACUGUAAGUUAAAUAUGCAAUGUUAUUUCUAAAUUAUACCUAUUACUAAAGUAAUUGUUAAUGAACCCAAGUAAGCUUAAAAUAUUAUUAAACAUUAUUUCUUGUGCUUGAAUUUAUAUAAAAUAUGU